AACCAGGGAAACAAAACAUUCAGACAUGCUACUAUCCUAGUUUCAAAUGCUCUUUCUCUCUUUCACUUCUCUUGUGACUCUCUCUUUCUUUCACCCCCCCCUCUCUCCCUCUCUCUUUCUCACACAUACAUGCUAUCCUUUCUCUUGCUUUAUCUUUACCUUCACACUAGCAUUAUCUGUUUUCCCCUUCAACUAAGCAGCAAAGCGAUCGAAAAGUUGGGUCAACAAAAACAAACACAUAAACUAAUUAGAAGAACAUUGAAACGAACCUAGAACCUAGAAGGUUCUCCAACGCUUGUCAACAAAUAAGGCCUCCGAAAUCUGUCGCGAGGGAACAAAACAGGGCAAAAUGCUGCACGAAAGAAACAUCGCCACCGACAUCGCUCCAAUGUCUACUCACGAUGCAGCAUGCCAAUAGGGGGCCUCGAUUAGUGUACCGCAUUCGCUUGACCGUACCGGUUGACAGUCGAUUGUCAGUCGAGUGUUGUGCGCCCUUCGAACCGUGCCAACCUGUUGGUUGGUGCAUCCGAUGAUCCCUCAGCAAGUGUGUGUAUGUGUGUGAUGCAAAAGUAGUGUGUGUUGGGGUUUGGUUUGUUGAUGAUAUUGUUACCUCAUCUCAUCUUCUGUAUCGCCCCUUUGUGCGUGUGUAUGUGCUGUGAGAAAGUAAGCAUUCGGCGAUCUUUUCGCCAGUAAAAAAAACUUUUAAAGGUGCCUUUGUUUAGCGAGUCGGCCAGUUGCUAGUGGUGGAUUUUUUUGUGUGCAUGUGUGUGAAGUGGCCAAUAUUGCGCUUCCUUGACCUCGGCCCAAUGGCGCCAAUGGCGGGCGCGUACGACGCUGUCCACGCCGAACGUUACCCAUUUUCGAAGGAGCCCAAGGCGGCUUGCACGUUCGCCGCCACCAAAGGCCCACAGUGACUUCACUGUGCGUUGAGCCGCCCCAACCUGUGUGCGUGUGUGUGUGAGUGUGUGUCAGUGCUAGUGUGUGGCACCAUGAGGGUGCUAGUGUUUGUGAGGUGAGCUUCUAUUGCAUAAGACGCACACGCAAGUGAAAAGAAAAGGGAAAAAGCUUGGAGCAUCCUCCCCUCGUCACCGUGCCGAGCCCGUGAAGCGGAAGAAAAUAGACAAACAACACGCGGCCAGCACGCUUUCAGCAGUGGUAUUUGCCGGUGAUCUUUAACAUUGUAGGCAGGUGACGCCGCGUGCAUGUGGGUGUGCGGAUCGGUGUGUUCUCGGCAGAAAGGCAAUGUUGCCACCACGGACGGACCCAUCCCUGACCUUCGACAUUUCGUUGCAGAGAUAUCAUUCCGCCGCCAUGACACUAAGCUAACACGAUCAUUGUAUUGAUCCAAAAGGCGAUAACAACAACAAAAACAUUUAGGAUAAGCAGCAAUCCCACUCCAAACAUCUUGUGCAUCAUGGUCCUGGACUACCUAUAACUACAGUGUGUUGUGUGCGCUUGUGUGUUUUACGUGAGUUUGUGUACGUUUUGGGGUGUGGGUUUUGGAGGCUUGAUCGUGGAUUCCCGGCUCGUAGUGUCUGUGCAUUCUCCUUUCCCCGUGCGCGUGAAAAACCUCCAAUCUCCCACAUUGUGCGAGAUAAAACUACUAGUGGCACCGAAGAAAAGCCGUCGAUAACGAAAAACGAAAAAAAGACCCCAGAGCUCAGCCAGAGAACAUUGCAACAGGUGUCCUACCCUCGAAGUCCCAGUGAAUCCAUGUUACCGCACCGAGAUAGCGGAGUGUGAGACGACUAAUGUUAGGUGAAGAUUUGUACAGAGCACAACAAUUUGCAACGCCGGGAACACCACCACCACCUGUGGCUUCUGUAUCCGGAGUCCGGACCGCUCAGAACCCGUUUGUCUGCCUCACAGGAGCGUAUCCAGCCGCACGAUGGCAGACUGUUCGUACGCACGCUGUGUCCAGGAGCGGCGCUACAUAAGACGCGAGCUGGCCAAGUGGACGAAAAAUAUGGUGCACAUAGUCGGACUAGAACGUGUCGCUGAAGAAUUGAUGGGACGCAGGAAAUGGAAACACUAUCAGGACGUCCUAACGCGACAACAGUUGAAUCUGCUGGACCCGAGUACAACAAACUCCACCGAGGACGAUCUGCUGAGCGGCACGACCGGCGUGGCCGCUGCCGCCGCUGCAGCUGCUGCAGCCGCGGCCGCCCAAUUGCAGCAAGGGCAGCUGAUGAAUACCGCCAGCGCCACUACCGCUGCCGCAGCCCUCUCGCUUGCUGGCGGCGGCAUGAUCGAUCAAAAGACCAGUCCCGCCGCCAUAGUGGCCGCAGCAAACGCUGCCGCCGUGGCUUCCCUCACAACACCUGCCGCUGCCCAAGCUGCCAACACAACUGCCGCGACGGCUAUAGUAAGAAAUGGGCACUGUCAGCAAGGCGACGUAGAUGUCGACCCAAAAUGUGCUGCCUCCGCCUCCAGUCCCGACAGUCCCCGUGCCACCAACUGCUUGGCAUCGGAAAAGCUUAGCCCUCACUCUAGUGCCAGAUCACCGCGACACGACAAGGACGAACGAUCGGUUUCGCCGCGCAAUUGUCACGCAACUGAUAAUGGCACCGCGACUCCAUCGACGGGUACCACCAUUGACGGAACGUCACCCUGUCCCACGUCACCCUCCGGCACGGUGGAGGGAGAUCCUGUCCGGCCCAAGUCAGCCUCCGGUCCCCAGCAAGUAACUGCCGAGCCAAGAAAAACGAACACACCCGAUCGUCGCGCGUCUUCCGUGACAAGUCCCGAUCUCCGAGGAGCGGAGCCAACUGCCACCGAACUUGAAAGCGUGUCCAUUGUGAAGCAGGAACCUGUGGAAAAUUCUACAGAAAAUGCCGAAACGUCGCGAAUAAAAUCAGAACAACCAAACCCAGAGUCUAUGGCAGAGACCACGGCCGUCAAGUUGGCCCUCGCAUCCAAAAUACCGAUAGUCGGGACGAACAACAACAACACUAUCAACAGUAACAACAACAACACAAUUCAGCAUCGCAGCAAUGGGAUGGCGACAGACGAUGGUUCCGCAGGCACUACGCCACUGGCAACCGAAACACCCACGGAACCAGAGGCGGCCACUCCGGUCGACUGGAAGCCUCAGGACAAGUGCUAUUUCUGCGUCGACGGUAAGCUGCUGACGGUGAAUGAGGCUGGCGAAGUCGUUCCCGAGUCAGGUCCGGCCCCGACCGAAGGAGAACGGUACCUUAGCCAACGGGCUGCUGCUGCUGCUGCGAUGGCCGAAUCCGAUAGCGAUACGAGCGAGAGCAGUGAGCCAGAGCUUUUGGCUAAUCUGCUGAGCGUCGGUGCGGCUAGUGGAGUGUCUGCCAAAUCGCUGGCCGCGUUACUACGUGAAGCGGGAUCUUCACAAAAUCUACCCUCGUUGCAGUCGUUCAUAGCGCAGUACACUGCGGCCACUUCUCUCCAGGGUCUACAGCCGAAUCUUGCCCAGCUCUAUAACCCUCUCUGGUAUUCGCAACUGCAGCAGCAAAUAUCACCGGCUACCGUCGAUUCGGCAACUGGAGCUGGUGGAGCCGCAACUGCAGCCAUCAGUCCCACGACUGCGGCCAAGAUAGCUGCGGAGCUGGAAACGGUCGGAGCGACGGGAGAGCAGCCGCUUGAUCUCAGCGCGAAACCGGGUACUUCCGGCAUGACAUCACUGCUGAGUAUGAUGGAUCCGAAGCACAUCUACAAGGCAAAACCACGGUUAUCACCUAUCGGCGGACGAAAAACCUACACCGAGGAUGGUUUGCAGAACGCGCUGCAGGACAUAUUAAGCGGACGGCUCGGUACACGCCGGGCAGCGAUGCAGUACGGCAUUCCGCGCUCGACGUUACGCAACAAGGUGUACAAGUUAGCGAUCGGCAGCAAGCGCAAUAUAGCGUCACUGCUGGAAGAUGACGACGAUAAGGACUCGCUGGACGAUGACACCAAGGACGGCGAACUGCUCGACAAGCACGUUUUGGCAGAAAUGCUGAUGAAGAUGUACGGCGGAACCGGUGGCACACCCCGGCCGCAAGAGACCUCUCUCACCCGCACACCUCCCGCCACCGCAACACCUCCCGCUCAUCGUGCCACACCCGAGCCGGCCUCGUUAGAUAUUGCCGGUAUGAGUCUAAAGCCGAUCGCGCUAUCGUCGACCCCCCGCCAGUCCGUUGCUACAACAGCGACUCCUCCAGCGACUACGCAGCCACCGCAAUCGUCUCCACUAGUAGCCGCGGCCGCAUCCACUCUACUCAACCCGAAUCUGGUGAUGCAGGUAGAACGCAUACUGCAGGUAACGGCGACGUCACAAGCGUCCGGAGAGACACAGCAGGCACUGGCCGAGCUACCCGAACUCCUCCGGAAGAUCAUCGAUCAGCAGCAGUUGCUGGCGGAUCAAAUCAAAAAGGCCAGCGGCAGCAGCGGUGUACCUCCGGCGGCUGGAUGCAUACAACCGUCCGUGUCGGGAAGCGCGGGUUCCAGUCCCACCAUUGCCGGACUUUCGGGUGCAACUGGAGUAUCCUCCCUGGUAAAUUCCUCGGCACUUGAUGCGGCACUGGCAAGAUCUCCCUCUCUCAGCGCUGCUCUCAAUGCAAACGGAACCGGUGGGCAGGGCGCAUCAAUCGAUCCCUGCUAUAUACCGUUUUUCCAACAGCUGCAGCAGCAACAGCAGCAGCACGGGAAACUGCGUACAAUGUCCGCCGGAACACCGGACGCGCCCACUUCGAUAUCCUCCAUCGAGCUGAAUGACGCCUCGAGCGAUGAUCCGCACGUCAUACUAAAGAUUCCGUCCUACGGAAGAGCCCCUGGCGCUUCGCCAGGAGUAGGCGUCCCUGCCAGCAGCAAAAAUGGAGACCUGGAACGCCACCUGCAACAUCACAAUAUGACGACUCCUUCGCCUCCUACAGCCGCUGCCGCUGCCGUGCUUAGCAGUCUCGUAGCUGCACCGGUCCGUGCUCCACACGCAUCGGCCAGUCCGCAAACAAAUCUGCUGAACAGUGUUGGCAACGGUGGCACCGGCAUUGGAGGUGUUGCUUCCGCACCGGCCUCGUCGCAAGUCUCACUGGCGUCAUCCCUCUCGUCCUCAUCACCACUUUCUUCGCUGUCGGUCGCAUCGUCGAUCGCGCAGCAGGAUCGAGGGAAUGCACAGUCGAAUCACCUGUCGGUCAUAUCUCCACCCCUGAUGAACCUGCGGGGAGUCGUGAAGGCUGAGUCGGCCAUUUCACCACCAGUCUCCGGACAUCACGGUUCGGCAGCAACGGGCCUGUCGGCGGCUGGCGGCAAAUCAAUGCUCUCCGUACACGAGGUGAUAGCGCGAAGCAUCAGUAAAAACUUUCAACAACAACAAUCGGACAUGAUGCACAAGCAGCAGAUGGAUCAGAUGAAACGGCCCAGCAUAUCGGUCAUCAAAACGCUCGGCGAUAUCUCGCACUUCGGGAACGGGAACGCGGCCGUCGCUGCUGCAGCAGCUGCCGCCGGCCUGGGGUCUGUCGGAAACGCGGCACAGUUAGCGGCGGCAGCGGCUGCUGCAGCUGCCAACAACACCGGUACCGGAGGCAAAGGCACACGUCCCAAGCGUGGCAAGUAUCGCAACUACGAUCGGGACAGUUUGGUAGAGGCCGUGAAAGCGGUACAGCGGGGUGAGAUGUCCGUGCAUCGAGCGGGAAGCUACUACGGCGUUCCACACUCCACGUUGGAGUACAAGGUAAAGGAACGGCAUCUGAUGCGACCGAGAAAGCGUGAACCCAAACCACAACCAGGCCUGGACGAUCAUCGGCUCGGUGGCUCGUCGUCCGGCAAGGGAUCGGCAGAUGGUUCGUCUUCCCUGCGCGGGCUUGACAAAGGUAAGGGUGGCAUGGGUGGACUUGGAGCCGGUUCGAAAGGUGCGGCCGGAAUGGGUGGUCAUUCCGGCAAAAACCAUCACCAUCUACAGCAGCAAACACAACAGUCGCAGUUUUCCACCAGCUCACCCAAUGGUGCCCUUGGUGCAAAAAUGCCUAUGUUUGAUGCAUCGUCCAUUGGCUACGGAUCACCCUUCUUCUGGCCACACCACGCAUCCGGUUUCGGUGGAAUGCCGGGCGUAGACUUUGCACGCGGUCAACCUGGUCCGGAUGGUGUCUUCAACUCCCCAACACUCAUGCAGCGGUUUCAGCAAGAAGCCACGGCCAGUCCGCUAUCGCCAGCAGACACGCGACACUACACGGGUGGAAAGUCAGUCCCGGCCGGAGUCAGUGCUGCGGCAGCCGCGAGUCUAGCCGCUCUGCCCAAGGGUAGCAGUGUGCGUGAAAUGGCCGAGCAGCUGUACGACGGUAGCGGUGCCAAUGGUGGCUCCUUCCUGGACGACAUCAUACGGCAAAGUCUCGACAAAAAGUCGGGCGAACUCACGGGCAGCCACAAUGCGUUGUUCGAUCAUUUGUUGAAAGGCAAAUUGCGCUCAUCUGCAGCCGCUGCCGGUUCGGUAGGAACGGCCGAGGAUGCCAACACGGCCGCUCUACUUGCCAAAGCAGCCACCAAACGUGCAGCCACCAGUCCCCCUCUAGCAUUCCACCCGGAGAGCGUCAAGCGCGAGCGGGCCAGUCCCGGCGCGUCGUCCACCUCCUCCACCGGCAGCAGUAACAACAAUCGAUUGGGCGUAAGUCUUGGCAGCGAUCAACAACAUCACGGACUCGGUCUUCAGCACCAGCAGCAACAGCAGCAGAACCCAUCACAAUCAGCCGCCUGUGUUAGCACGCCGGAGCUACUGCUCGCGAAAAACGUCGAGAGCCUCAUGAAACUGCAGGAGAAUCUUUCGUCGAUGUCCGCGGCGCACUUACAACGGACCGCGAUGGAAGAACUCAACGGUAUGCAAGGCUCGACCGGCAUAUCCGCAUCCCGAGCAUCGCUCCUGGGCCACCAGUCGGAUUCGGCCGAUCAGCACGGUUCGGACGGUGAGACGGACACGGACUCGCUGCGAUCGAACAGCAACCAUCACGGGCACAGCCUGCGUCACAGUCUGUUGCAGCAGCACCACCACCAUCACCACCAGCGGGGACUGACAGAUGACAGCUCCUAGGGUCGGCUGCGCGGUGCAUCUGCAAUGCAACUGCGACGACCCAUCUGCUGAACGCGCUAAAGUGAAGUAAGUGAUGAUCCGCUGUGCUGUGCUAAUUGAAGGCAUUCAGGGUGUGAAGAGUGUAAGAGAGACCGCGGCCGAUCGAGUGUGACAACCCCCCACACACACAAAGGCAGAUCGUUGAGAAAUGGAGAAUCCAUAGUUCAAAUAUUAUUCUUAUAUAUAUAUAUUAAUUGUAUAUCAUCGUAGUCAAAGGUAGACAGGGCGGCUGGCGCUGUCCCUUCGAACAUGGAAGGGUGCGGGAACCGAAGGAAAACAAACAAACAAAAAACCGGGACGAUGCAGUAGCAAAUGCAGGGCGUAACAAGUAGAUACCGCUAACAGAGAGCACGAAGUGUUAACAAUUUUAUCCAUUUAAGCAAGCAGGCUGAUGAUCGCAGGAGCAGAUUUAACUUUAUCGUAGAGAUCGCAGCAACAAAAAAAAAACAGAAAGAAGAAAGGAUCAACAGAGGACUAACGAUAAUAAUGUUACAAAGAGCUAUACAAACAGUUGAGAAGGGUAAAAGGACGGAACCACACAUACAAAAAGCGUCUGAGAUGGCAAAGAAUACUUUACUAUUUUCCUUACACUUUACACCGUCUAUCACCGUCACCAUCAACAUUCUAAACAGGCGAUCAUGAAAUCGAGAUGUCAUCCACGAACAUACAAACACACGCGAAUGAUCAUUCUUUUACGAUCAUCCCGCUAGAGCUUAGUAGCCUGAUAUCACGUCAGGUGAAACAUAGUGAAACACUGAACACUAUCAAGAUCACACGCAAACCCCCGAUCGUACAUCUCCACACCCGGGAGAGUGUUUAAAAUGGCAGUUGAAGGUGUGUAAGAAGGUAGAAGAAUGGCUUGAAUGGCUACGAAAAUCGCGUAAUCCAACCAUCAAGAAAACGGGCAAACGUGAACUGUAGAAAACUGCGGAAUGGAACAAGUACCCGCAAUUUGGAAGCACAGGCUAAUGUUUUUUGACAAUCGACAAAUAGGCUCCUUGUGUAAACGUUACACUACGUCACAAAUGUACACCCCUCCACAAUCGUCAUGAUAACCACCAUUAUUCACCACCAACACCACCACCACUAAUUGCCCAUCACCGUGACCCGGUCAAGGUGCGGGCUCAGUAUAGGAAUACAGCAAGAAACAUUGAAACAUUGUGCAAGAAGAAAUGGGAAGGGAAUAAAUCGCGCAAAAAACACAACCCAUUCGAUCUCUAGCACCAACAUAAGAAAAAAAAACACCACCACCAACAUCGCAUCCACCAUGCCACAUAGCAAUAGCUAAACGUCACGUACCGAUCACCGAUCUAAGUCGCACUCAGUACUCAAUGCUUGACGUUAACGCGUAUCAGAAAAUACCCACUCGGCAAAACGAAAGCCAAAGUGCCGCGUCAGGAUCAACACCGGAAAAUGGGAACGGGUUUUCGUAACUGUAGCUACGAGUUUUGGAAAUCUUUUUUAGGCACUUAUAACAAAACUGGGACAAAGAAAGCGAACAACAUCUUUGCUUUGUUUCCCAGCCUGCGGUUAUUCAGACAAAACUAAGAUCGUAUAAUUCACACACACACACACUCACAUAGACACACUUACUAGUAUGCGUUCAGGCAACCAAAUGGAAAUAUCAACCAAGGAUGGAACAAACGAUAAACGAGAUUCAUCGAGAAUUGUUUCGAUGAAAGCGAUGCAAAAACCACAAUUAAGCGCAUUGAUAUCUCUACUAGCCGUGUACUGUAAUGUUUUGGGCCGUUUCAGUUAAAUUGUACUGCAUGUGAGCAAACAAACAUACUUGGAGCUAGAAAAUCGAAAAUCGAAGAAAAUCUAAAAAAUACCUAAAUGUUGUGGCUAUAUCAAAAUUUUCAAAAAAUAACAAGUAUUAUCCGUUUCAGGUGAGAUGCUAUCUCGGAAACCAUGAGUCCGUGAGAGCGAAACAUAGAGAAAGAAGAAGGAGAAAAGAUUUAGAACCAAAUUAAAGUAUACAAGUAUUACAGUAAUGCGUGUCAGGGUUAGGGUAGACCCUGAAGUCUCUAUUUGGUGUUCAAAAUUGUAUCAUCCUAUCAAAAAUUACUCCCCAAAACGAUUUGCUUCACAGGUACAGGUGAGGAGCAGAACCAUCCAGCGAACAAUGCAAAAGAAACUAAAAAACACAAAAUUAUAAGCAGACUAAGAAAACAUCAAUCUAUAUGUUUCGACGUUUUUACAUUACAAAUCUAAACAGCGCAUACUGUCGUAGAGGAGAAAAAAAGGAUGGGUGUGCCGCUAAAACGAUGUGUGUUGUGUGAAGUGAAAUCUUAUCAAAAUUUAUCUAUACAAACAACAACAAAAAAGUAAUACUAAACUAUAACUGGAUGUAUUUUCGUUUUUCUUUUUCUAAAACAAGUCUAGAUAUUUGUGAAUGCAUUGAGGAAGAAAACCGAGGAGCAUUAAGGUACGAUGCUGAUGGGUAUUAGGACGGCAGUAAAUGUAAAACGUGUGGACUGAAACAAAAUACGAGAUAAUACUUAGCGGUUAAACCCAGAACCACCGCGUGCGUUAUCAGCCGUUACCAAGCGUUACAAACACGAUGUUUUGGUCCGUAAUUCCUAUACGCCAAGCCGCUUGCCCCCGGGAGCGAUGUAUGCGUGUAUCGUCGUCCCGUCCCAGACACGGGUACACAGGCAUCCCCAACACACAAAAUCCCGAAACCUAGCCCACCCGAGAACGAUCAUUCUCCCUUACACAUUCACACACAUUCUAUCAUGUACCACGCGUAGAGCAGAGUCUAAAUCCAUUCGUAGCAAAGAUAAACACAGAAACACAGAAAAAGGGUGGAAAAUAAGUAAGAAAUAUAUUAUAUGUGUGUGUCUUCACGUCGCGUAUACCUCAAACGAUUACAAACAAACAAAAAAAAACAUAAAAAACAGAAAAUAUUUAACUGAUCGAGAAUGGCAAACCAAAACCAAUUCGGGAAAUGGAAAAUGGAAGCGAAAUUUUAGGCGUUGAAUACAUUUGGAAUAAACGUAGCUGAAAAAUGCCACCAGAAAUGUCAGCUGAGGAGGGACGAAUCGUGACACAUUUUUGGGAACUGCUUUAGUACACUUCGACCCAAAAGGGUGUACCGGAAUUAGUUUCCCGUGACACAAACUUUCAUUUUCUUCGGUAGCUUCGUGAUUUCAUGUCGCGUGCGUACGAACCCCUUUUAUCACACUCCUACCACCACAAAUACGAUACAAAAUUACGCGCAAUAGAACCAGAUUUAUGUUCUUCAACGCACACGUCGCAUCCUUUCUGGAAGCGCUGUCGCACAUUGCAACAAAAGCGACUAGUGUGAGUAUGCUUGCGUUUUGCGGGUUAGCCCAACACGAAACUAAAGCAACUUCCCAAAUGCGAGACGAUACAAAAAAGAAAACAGACGCUCUACCAACACUAGAGACUAGCGGAUGAGACGGUAUGGAAAUGGCACCGAAAAGGGGACGCGGGAGAGAGAAGCAGGACGGAAAAAAUAUAUAUUUAUACACUAUCUGUGAUUGAUAAUCCAAAAUUUUGAUGUAUAUUUUUCUCUAAUAAACAAAAAAGAAAAAGAUGAAAAUUUAAAAUUUAGGAGCUAAUUGCUAGGGAGCAGAGAAAAGCGUUGUUUGCUAAAUGGCAACAACAGCAGCAAAACGGUACCAGGAGAGCUAAAACACACACACACUUACAUACACACAUACACACUAGUGACGAUGUAAAACAAUUGUAAAACGUGACGUUUAGGUAAACAAAAAGCAGCUGAAGGAUUGUAGGUUUUUAUGUGCCGCGUUGUAUAGCAAAUGUUUGACCAACCAACCGAUGGCAAAAAACCGUGAGCUUUCGGUCUUUGUUCCAUCGUUUUCUGUUUUUUUUGUUUAACUACUGUUCUUUCGACCAAACUAAGAUUUCGUUAGUAAAUGAUUAAGCGAAGAAGCGGUGGCGAGAAGCAGUAAUUAGCAUAACAAAAAAACCAAAACAAAAAUUAACACGUGCCAGCAUCGGUAGUGCAUGGAUGCGACACGAGAUGAACUUGUUUUAAGCGAAAUUUUCCCUGUUUCAAAUUUAGUGCGCGUGCUAUUUAAGUGCACCAGUGUCUCAAUGUGUCCUCUCAGAAUAACAGUAACCGUUGUAAAAGUGCUGCUUGGGGUUUGCAAAGGCAACGGUUUUUGUCCUUCGAUUUUCGUGUUUAGAAAGGGAAGAACCGAUUAAAUGGAAAGCGACAGCUCAUGGUAAGCUACCCAAAAACAAAGCGAAGAAACGGAGGCGACUCAAAACUGGGGCGGCAAGCAAGCGCAAACAAAAACAUUAGACUGAGAAUGCGCAAGGAAUAGAUGCUGUAUGGUGGUGUAUGAAAGGAGAUAACAAUUGAACGUAAUAAAUAUUGAAAAUGGAAAGUGCGCGAUCGGAAUGCGGGAACGCAGACGUGAAACGUGAAAGAUAGUGGAGAAGCAGACGAAGAAGAAGAAAUCAAAAAGUGCAAUUAGAACGAUGUAAACCGUAACAUAUUCGUUAUUUAUAUUGACAAACGAGUAAGCAAACAUACAAACAAACAAAAAAACUGAAAAGCUAAAACAAAACAAACAAAAACCAUACGAAGAAGAAAACACAACAAAAGAAAUGUUAAUACGAAAAGUAUGCAAAAGCGCCAAGAAGAGCAACCACACAUCCACAAAUACAUACACACACAUAAGAUACACAACAUUAUACACGGGACAUGCGAAUACAAGUGGUAGGUGUAAUAAAUUUAAAUAUAUAGGAAAAAUUAUUUAAUUCUAUAUUUACAAAAAAAAAACAAAACGUGGAAACAAGAAAAAACUGAACAAAUGAAAUCCUGGCAGCCAAAGUGCGCCAAGCCUGGCCAAGAACAAAUAUUCACUAACGCGCUUACCAAUAAGGGCCAAUUUGUAAUUUGAUUGGUAUAGGUAAAAGCGUACGAAAUGAGCGUUGAUCAUGGCAAAAAUCGAGGCAACCAGUGUUAUAGCGGAGCAAACACACACAUGCGCACAUGCACACGGUAUUCAAAAUUUUCUUGAUUUAGCAAAUUAGUCGGCGAAAGCUACAAGUGUGCUUCGGAAGUUGUAAAUUGUUUCGUUUUCUCUGUGUUGGACUUAACAAAAACAUUAUACACACAAACACGUGUGAUUGCGAGAGUUAUGUGUUUGUUUCAACAAAGGCAACGGGAGCUUUUGAAAAGCUCGCUGCUCCACGUAAAGCUUUACACUAGGGAAACUGCCACUUACGCCACAUGUGUGUGGUUCACUAAGGGAAAAUGAAAUCACAGAAGAAGAAAAUAUGUCAAGAGCGAAAAAUGUCUUUGGAAAUGGUUUAGGCUGAAGGCAUGAAUGAAGCAUUCAUUUAUCGAGAACACGCUACUAACUGGACCGAAAAUCUCUCUGUAGCGAAGGAACCACCAGCCAUUCAAGCGUCCUGUGUAAGACUUUAGCCAUUUGUUUUUUUUUUAAUUACCUUUUCAGUUUUCAUUUAAGUUUUGUUUGGUCGACACCCUUCUCCUAUCUUCCUUCUUUCCAACUUUGCCAAAUUUCCAUUCAAUUCUAUCCCUUUAUCCUCAAUUCUUAUCCAAAUCCAGAUGCCCUUAACUUCCCGUUCGAAAAUCGGUUGCCACAGUUGCCCCAGGUGACAACACAGGCAACACGACUUUCGGUCAUCGAUCGAUGACCGACGACGAUUGUCAAUCGGGGUUUAUACCAGGCUACUACGAUGAAAGUUACACCCCUUUACACUGGUGGAAGAAAACUCAAAACAAAUAGCUAGUGCAAUGUUUUUUUUUUUACAUAUAUAUUAUUGUUUUAUUAAUGCGAAAUGCGAAUAACUGAACGAAACCUUCCAUGUUUUCCUUUUAAUCUGUGCUUUAAGUGAACGAAAUCAAAAAUAACUUUUAAGAUGUAAAACACUAUGCGUGCGAAAGAGUAAACUAGCCAAGCGACAGUAAAGAUGAAAAUAUUGGAAACAGUGUCACAGAAGCAGAAGCAAAAGAAAGUAGAAAGAAGCGGGAACGAUUUUCAUAGACGGAAUUCGUGUUUUCUUUGCAAAAUUUGAAAAAUAGACAGUAAUCGAAACCACUCUCAAGAAGGUAAAAAUGUUGUCCAGUACCAAAAAGAAUAUCUGAAUAACGAAUUAAAACCACCUUAAGCAAAAGAAUUGUCGACAAUGCGGAACAAAAAGCAAAAAAGCUCUUCGACUCGCAAACUGUUUGUUUUGUACGACCCAGCGAUUAAUUUUAUUGUGUUCUACCAUCUUUUUGUUUGUGAAGCCUAAACAAGCUACCUAAUUUCACCAAUAACGGACCAACAGUUACAGAGAGAAAGAGAGAUUGUCUCAUACAGCGUAAGCCUGUAACCAAUAGGUAGAAACGUUCAAGCGCAAAAAAGAUCUUUUGUUUCGGAGCAAGUUACAGCUAAAAGAAUAGUGAAACAAAAAAACUGGAUUUUGGCCUGCAAACCACCACUGAAUCAAACUUCAAACUAACGCAACAAAACACAACCGAACCUAUCGAACAGCAAUACAGCCUUGCUGCGCAACAACAACUUCAGAAGCACACAAGUAAUACACACCAGUAACACUUACUACACACAACACGCACACACUCACACAUUCAGUCACAGGAAAUGGUCAUUUGUUUGUACGUACGAUUAAACAUGUAUGAUUUGUUCACUUUGGGCAAUGUCACAGUUCGAACAAUCAGCACACAAAACUCGCUUUUGGCAAAUGUUUUACCGUUCGUAAAAUGCAUCGACAAACACUAUCUGCAACAGAAACAUCAGAAAAGUGAUUGAAGCUCAAUGACAAGCAGAAGCGUUAAAUCGAGUAAAACGAAGGUCCACCAUCUUACGCAAAUAAAUUCAUAAAAAUGUCUCAAUAAACAGCAGCAGAUAAAGAUAAGUUCAAAUCACCUAAAACAAGAUUUGACAGAGCAGGAUAAAUGCAGGAGGAAAAACAAAACUAAAAGCACCACCAUCAUCAUCAACUACCAACCUUAUCAGCAGUAGAAUAACGCCACCAACCACCAACCAUUGAUAACUACAGCAAAAAUCAAUCCAACACACAUACAAUCAUCCCCGCUCAAUGUCCUUCCCACUUCAAACAACCACACCAACACUACAAACUUCCCUGAAAACUAGCCUAUGCCGACAGUCGAUUGGCACUAGGAUACAUCGCAGCCGGAGCUGUCACGCGCGCCACGUGCGAUCGUGAUCGUGCCGCGAUGUAUCACAGUGUACAGAUAACAAAACACACACAAAUAGAUACUGACUCAUAAUAGAGACCACAGAAAAUAGUAACAGCAACCAUCGAGCCACAAACAAACAGUAAAGUAAUACAAUAGCCAAUACAAUAGAACUAAACUUGACCAACACACAAACCAACAAGCCCCAUACCCAUACAAGCAGUAAAAGUCCCAGCUACAAUGUUGGGCAGACAAUAGGCAGAAGUAAAAUGGAUAAAAUACCACAGCAUAAAACAAUAACAACAACAACAAAAGCAAACCAACACUUCAAUCUCCCAGUUACGGUUAUAAUUAUUAUUGCUACAAGUCCGCGGGGAACGAAUGUCAGAGUUCAGUAACGAUAAAUCAAUAGUCUCCAUAUCACUCACUUUUUCUCUCUAUCUCUAUAAUACACACAACAUGCACACACACACCCAAACACAGCUCGGUUUAGUAAACAAUAGCCCGGAUGUGACACUCCAACCAGAGAGUAACCAGUGCGUUGUGUUAUUCACAGCCACUACUUACAGCAGCAGCAGCAGCAGCAGCAAGUAAUCUUUAUUGUACAAUAGCCAGGAUUAAAUGAGUAAGCAUCGUCUUAUUCUCUUGUUCACACAUAUUCACAUCAACACAUACACACACUUAUACCACAACCACAAUAUUACAAUAAUACAGCCACGAUCGCCGGCCAGUGGUCGGCGGUCCUGGGCAUUAAUGUUUAAAUUUUGUUACAGUUCUCUUGCUAAGCAGUAAUAAUAACCGUAAUGAACAGCAACAUACAGCAAAUAGUAGUAGAUGGAAUGAGCAAAACCACAGAAGAAGAAAAAAAACAAACAAAACACAAAAAAAUAAUAAUUUCCCCCCAUUUUCCCUCCGCCCCGCAUUUUCCUCCAACUGCGACACCAGUACAGAGAAAAUAAUAAAACAAACAAACGGACAAGCUGAUGAUGAUCCUCUAUUAAAGUCUUAAUGACUAGGUAAAUGAUAACAACACAAGCAGCAAGCAACUUCUCAGCAAACGAUCACAUUCAAUUCAAUACACCGCAGUACUUACAAUAGUAAACAAUAGUAAACAAUAAGAGCAAUCCCGAAUCUGUAAAAAAACUACAUGCAAUGGCUGUGCAGUCUGCACAGUCACGAUCACACACAGAAAUAUAUCAAAUCGGAUGUUCCCCCGCGGGCAUGAAUACCUGAGUGAAAAAAAAAACAGUUUAUGUACCCUUGGAACCACCCGGAGCAAAGGGAAGAACACGAAGACCAGAAAACAUCAGGAAAAACCGCGCUAAUACUGUCUGCGGAGGACCAUUCGAUGUCAAUAGAAACAAUAGACCUAUCAUUCAAACAGCAGCAGCAGGAGCAGCAAGAUAGAUUUAAUUCAAACCCAAUUUCACAACGCAAAAAACAACAACCACAACAACACAUCUACACUUACACGCAUGUAAUAGUUGUGCUGAAUGUGUGAAGAAAAGCGCAGUCAAAUAGAACACAAAUCAAUAGUAAUAAAACCAAAAUCGCCCCGGAUAUGCAAACAAACACACCGUAAGUGAAACAAAGCUGACAACCCCCGGAACAAUCGGAUCUGUCAACGGUUUUUCUUUACAAUAUUACAACAAACAAACAAAAACAAAUAAAGUCAAAGAAAUGUGGCUUCCGCGAAAUGUAAUAGAAAGCAAAUACAGUGCAACUAAGAUUCAGUAACCAAAUAACAAAGUCAAAAACCAGAAUUGCAUAUAGAAAGACAUUUCCGCCAGCAACAAACAGAGUUACAAAACGAAGUUGGUAAUUGCGUUAAGCAAAACAAUAACAACAUCAUCACAAUCAAACAACAACCAAGCUUAAGUUUCUUUAUGUAAAUGUGCGAUCAGAUGCAGAUCAAUCGAUCAGAGGCAAAAAUGAACACCUUCACGAGAGAUGAUGAUCCAAAGAUGAACAAAUGUCAAACUUUCUUGUUUUGCUUUUAGCUAUGAUGAACAAACAUUUUUGUGUACUAACGCAACAUACAUACAGCCAGUAACAGUGGCCGAACAGAAGGGAACGCAUUUUUUUAAUUCCGUAAAUUUACGUCAGAGGAGCUGGCUUUCUGUUUACUUCUAGGUGAUAAACGCUACUAGCUUUACUGGCACGAUUCAGAUGUGAAGAAAACGUACGAGAACAGUAAAAUUAGGAACUUAUUUUACAACCUUUAUAUAGGUUUUAUUAAGCGCCGUCUACAGAAAAGAAAAGAUAUCGCUCGCAACGAGUUAAUAGGAACAACAUAAAAGAAACAAACACACUUCAGUUUUAUUCUAACAACAAGUGUUAGCAAGGAAUGGAAACAAACGAUAUAUGGCCAGAGUUCUCUUUCUCCGUUUAGCCUUAAGACUAGUUAAAUAGUGUAUAACUGGAAUGGUGAAUGAAAUAUCCAAAACGUAAGAGAUACGCCCGGGCGAAUACCACCACCAGCAAUGGCUGACGAAUGGCAGGAAUGUUAUUUGCAUGAUGUGCAUCACGAGGUUGCACAGCAAGAUUGCAGUUGUUGUAUUAUAGUUGCGUUUUACUCUUAAUUUAAUUAAGUGGUUCAAUCACAAUCCGUGUACCGGGCCCGACGAUGCUAUGCUUGCUAAUCCACCGUAAGCAUUAACAAGGUUGAGUUGUAUCUGUCAUACAAGUUCAAGAAAGUAACAGAAAACAAAAAAACAAUAAUCAACAACCAUCAAUGAUAAGAAAAGAAAUUGGUUUUCUGUGUGCCCUCUGUGCGUCAAAUAAACAAUAAGCAUACAAUAAUGUGAGAAUACAAAACAAAAUAUUCACCUCCCCACACAACCACACGCAAACACAAUUCAUAUAUUCUAAUGCAAAGCUGUAAUACAACAGUGAAACAAAAUGAAACGCAGGAAGAAAACGAUAAGAACACUUAUAAAAUGGCUGCCUAGAGAAAUAGAAAUAAUACAUAACACAAAAAUACAAAAUACAAAUAGCACUACUUGCAGGAAAAAAACAACAAAUUCAUUUGAUUUAGUAAUUUAGCGCUUAAGUGAGUAAAAACAGUAAACAAAAAGACAUGAGGUGCGGUUUUCUGUUUUCCGUUGUCAGUUUUAAGUUGGCAAGACAUGGUUGGGCACAAUAUUAAAUUUUGACUUGUUAUUUUUUUAACUGCGUGUCACAAACAGAACAGACGAAUGUAUUGCCGAAAAAGUGUCGAAAAGUGUCUCUUUAUUUACCCUCAAUAAAAACUUACACGACCGUGAAUUCGAAAAACCUCCCACACACUCACACACAUACACACCCAAUUCCAUGGCUUGUCUGGAAAGAAUCACCAAUAAGUCCACAAGCGGUCCGGCUUUUGCCCAUUUAAGGAAUUACGGAGACCAUAGAGGCGAUUGUAGUGGUAAAGGGAAUUAGUCGUGAUAAAGACAAAUACCGGCACCAACUUCAGUUUCAGGUUUUUUUUUUGGAAUUCCAGAUUUUUGGAUUUUAGUCCUCCAUUGUUAUUGCUUUCUUUUUGUACUUUUUCGGAAAUGUUUAUAUAAAAAUGCGUUUUUUGUAGAUAAAACAAAUGCAAAUAUACAAAAACACACACACAAACGCAAACGCGGAAAAAGUGAAGAAGAAAAGAAACAAAACAUGUUUUAAGAAUUCAACUACAAAGUAUUUACCACCAAAAAUGUGCCAGAAACAAAAAUGUGGAAAACAAAAAGGUAAAAAUGCAAAUGCUCGGCGCUAUCGUAAUUGUAAGAAGCGUCUAUUGCAUUUUUCGAUGUGAAUGUGCAGCCGUUUUUCGGGAUUUUAACCAAAUUUACAUGUUUCAAUUUUGUCCUUGUUUAACGCACCGUUGCGUUUCUAUCAAAAUUCAAUACCAUUUCUUCUCACUUUAUCACAAAAAACACAUACAUUGUGUAAACACAGUUUGUUUGAUAAGUCAAAAUGUUUUCCCUGUUUUUAUCGUCUGAGCAUAGGAAAUCUGGCUAAAUUCAAUCUUGAAUGGUAAUAUAAGAAUGCACAUAAGUGUAGGUGUAUAGAGAAGCAGUAAACUAAAUUUAUCUUUGUAUAUCAAAUCAAUGCCUUACAGCGGAACAGAAUGAGGAUAGUGGAAAAGAAAAACAGAAAUUAAUUAUUCAUACACAAAUCGAAUACAAUGUCGUACGAUGUCGCAACAUGAUCAUGAAUCCCAAAAAAAAAUUAUGGCAAAAACAUGGGAUUUAGCUUAUGAGCCAUGUCUAACCACGGCCAAGAGGCUUGUAGCUUUGCAGCUUUAUGGAUUGUUAAAAACAAUUGGCACAUAGAAGAACCACAUCUAGAAACUGUGCUUUUUUAACUAAUUUUACUUUUGGAGCCAUACACACUAGAGGCUGAAGCUUUGUUUUUCUCAUAAAUGUAUAUCUGUAUAAUACAGUGUUCGUGUCUGUCCUUCUGUUCCUUCUAUGGAAAGAUGUGUACACUAGAGAUUUGUACAAAAACAAAUUCAAAAAAAGUAUUUCAUUUUGUGCCACGUUAGCAGUACAGAUUAAUUAGGCUCGAUCCCGGUUAAAAUUGCAAAUUAAUUUCAAAAACCCUCGAGGGGGAAACAAAACAUGGUUUCAUGGCUAUAAGCGUUAUACUUUCUUUCCUUGAACGAUCUCCACAAACUCUACACGCAAGGUAAAGCUCGCUUGAGAAGGAAUUGUAUGAAACCAAACCAUUACUAGAAACCUCCCCAAACCUAAAAGUUGUUAGCAACAAGCACAAGAAAAGCGUUAAGUAACUCGAUUUCUUUCGUCCUCGAAAUUUUUUGACUAUCUACACGCGAGAAAUUGUUUGAAGGAAGCACCUUUACCAAUUGGCCAAACUAAGGGAGUGCUUUACUUUAAGUUGAAUUGCAUGCAUGCAACACUGUUAUACUUGAAACACCACGAAUUAGAACAUUGGCAAGACUUGAAAUUAACUACACGGACUAAAAUUAAACAUUAUUGAACGGAUCGGCAACAACGGUUCCACAAAAUUGUGAUUACAUGUUUACAUUGCUGCAAGCAUUCCGAAAACGAUUUUCAAAAUCAAAAAUUUUUAACCAACCCUAUCAUUGAUAAAGUGUAUGUGUGUUCAAACACGGACAAAGCGGUGCUAAAUUAAUUAGGAAUUUAAACAAAAUCAAAAUCAAACACAAACGCACCAAACUAUUUUGUGAUUGGAUAGCUUUUAGCGCUUUAAUUUUUUAUUCGAAAUUCAAGUUACUAAACGAAAAUGUAGUAAUGCUGUUAUUAUUAAAAACAAAAAGGCAAACAGCAAACAAAAAGAAAAGGGAUAAGCGAUCGGGCACAUUCUUUGUUCGACUCGAUCGACUAAAAAACUAUGAGACUAAUAAUAUACAAGUGCGACAUAUUCGAAUGUGUUAAAUCAAUGGUGCUUUGAAGAUUUACGAACGAACGGGCGGGAUCAUGGCGCAAUGAGUUAGUUUAAUUUCGCUGCAAAGCACAUCUAGUUGUUUCGAUUUCGAGCGUUUGAUACAUUUGAUUUGUUGUAAAUAAUAGGCAAAGUAACGUCAAGAAGCACUUCAUCGUGAGCUCCUGAGAUACUCGGCAGAGAAAUUGUUAUUUUGUUGUUAUCAUCUCUUCGGCAGCAAACUGCGCCCUUAGGUACGUGUAUGUGGCUUCUAGUGCAGGUAAAAAGCAGCAGAGAGACACCACAUUGUUUACACCGUGUUUAGGGAAAGGUUUAUCUAGAUUCUUCCUUAAUUUCAUAUUGAAAGCGUAAGUAAAGCAAAACGGCAGUAGCAAAAACGAAGCUUUUAUACACACCUUUUGAAGGCAUCAAAUCAAUGGAGGCAACACGAAAUGGCGUUUUGGAUGCUGAGACAGCAUGCAAUAUACCAUGCAGCUCUCCUGUAGUGUCCAGAGCGUUAAGGGACGUCCUCCCCGAUGAAUAUUUACCCUCUGUCCAAAAAUAAAAUGCAUUUAUAUAACUAAAUUUUAAUACGUCAUCGUGACUAAAUCGAAAGUGUCUGAGUAAAGCAACUGUCAACUGGGCAGGAAAAAAACGAAAAAAUUCUAUAAAAAAAAGCAAGGUGUGAACAUUUUAUUUCAUCUAAUGUCUAAAUGUGAUAUGUAAGAUUCUGUUGGAUACAGGAAAAUGACAAUUAGUACCAAGUAUGAACUAAAUCUCCUGUAACAUUAACGACAACCGAGAAUGUCCUUGAAAACAACAUAGGGAAAAAAUCAUGAAAUGACGAGAUGGAAAACGAAAACCAAACAAGGAAAAGAAUUAUUAGAAUUAUUGAAAACGUAAAACCAACAGCAAAAGCACACAGAUUUAAAGCGACUUAUGGCAGACGAAAUUUAUACAAAACAAAAAGAAAGCAGAUCAUAUACCCGUUGGCUCUAUGAGAGAUGCGUUAAAUGAAAUGAAAACGUAAUUGAACAAAAAUGAACAAAACCGAACAAUAUCCGACACGACCAUGCACGUCCACCAGCAGCAGGAUGCAAAAACAUUCAAAAAUCUUUAACCCACACGGCCAGACACCAAGGAUGACAUCCAACAUGAGUUUGCGAAAUGUUUAAGUUUAGUUAUUAUAAUUAUACUUUCCGCUCAACAGAAAAAAAAAAAGUUUAUUUACAUACAAAAUUUACAAUAAAAGCACAUAGAUCAGCAGCUCAAAUCCACCAAAACUAAUGCUGAUAAGAGCAAUCAAUCAACGCCACAUUCACAAUGCAAUAGGAAAUAGCAGCAGCCAACAUGACAGUCUUAAGCAGCAAUUAAGACAGCAACAUAAACAACAGCAACAUACACAACAGCAACAUAAACAACAGCAACAUACACAACAGCAACAUAAACAACAGCAAUAUACACAACAGCAACAUAAACAACAGCAACAUAAACAACAGCCACAUAAAGGAAUAAUCAAUGGAUUAAUUUUACUAAUAAUACUAACACCAUAGCACAGUAUAAUAACUACAAUAGAAGCAAAUAGCAGCAGAUAGCGUUCUUAAGUCACUGCACACCACCACAACCACCACACUCAUUGCUCAGCACAGACAAAGUGUUGAGACUCUCACAUUACAAUAACAACCAACAAAAUGAACAUCAAACCAAGAACCAGAACAGAUAACAGAUACAACAAUAGGAUAACAACAGCAUCAACAACAACAAUUUCAACCAAUUAGCAACGGAGGUUACAACAUGAUUUCGUAACAACAUCUCUACGAACAGUAGACAUUUUUCAAACCCUGGAGUAGUGGAUUAAAAGCAUUAUUUGUAUAUUUCGGACGAAGCUGAAGAUAAAAUUCUAAGAGCCUUUUGCGACCACCAAGGCCCUACACCAGAAAAAUGGGUUUGUCAGGGAGACUUUUGAUCGAUCCGAGUACUCACAUACGCCACUGAGAUCUGCACUCCGUAAAAAAAUGACGAAUUCUCUGACGGAUUUUUGGCUCCAUGGAUAUGGACCAAUGUUAUGGGAAUUGCGACAGACAACCCAGGUCUUAAAGUCUUUCUAGACUGUCCAUAGAAUGGUGGAAAUAUCAAUGUCCUUAAACAUAGAAGAGAUUGGAUUACGAGACUGCAAUAAGCAGUUGUAACUCCGUACAAGUAGAAGGAAGUUUAUCAGAGUUCCAAACCUUACCCGUUACGGGAUCUACUCCAGGGUUUAAAGUAAUACGAAACGAUAUUUUUAUUUACAACAUAGUUUCAGUUCAAUAUAUUAUGACAACAGUUUCAUUGCUCACCGUUCCGUCGGUGUGCUUUUUAUGGUUUUGGAUAUGUCAUUCAUUGACAGUUAAGACAGAAGCACUACAACCGGCAUCCGUCUUUGCAAUCCAAUUGAAUUGAAAACCAAUUGGAAAAUGUGUCAUCAACAGCAGCAACUACAUUCCAGUAGAAAACAGACGAAAAAGGUUUAAAGUUGGCUACCGGACAACCUAACUAGGAAAAGAACGUUUAAGCUGGCAACGGCCAUCUUGAAAAGCCGCUUGAUUUUAUCGAAUCGUUUUUCCAUCCAACAUCUUUCUUUUUUUUUCGUGCUUCUGUUACCGCUCGUAAACAUUUUAUAUCUCUCGUUGAGAUUGAAUCAAAUAGCUAUCAGCAGCAAGUCGUACACAUAUACAUACAUACGUAAUGUUUUGUUUAUUCGUUUGUUUUGCUUUGAGAGAAUAUUGCUUUAUGUUUUAUGCCCUUAACACAGGUUUUUAAGUUGUUGUUAUACAUUUUAUUCGUAAGCAGACUAUCUUCUACCAUUAACUACUAUUUUUUUUUACUUCUCAAUAAUCUACUUUCAAUGUUAUCCACUCUUCCCGCUGUUACUUUCUACCUUCUUUUAUAAAAUCGUUGUGUAGUAAAUGCCAUCUCAGCAGCAUCAGUUGAGUUGUAUGGUUUCUUUGUCUGUUUUUUGCUUUACCAACAAGCGGAAAAGACAUUUUUUCGAAAUGUCAAAAUCAAGAAUCAAUGCGUUAAAAAUGUGCAUUGCUUGAUUUCGAAGUAUCUUUCUUGAAUGCUGCUAAAACACGGAUAUAGACAAACAAAAUGGGCUUCAAAAAAUGGAAGCGAGGUGCAAUCAUGUUGGACAGAAACUAUCGAGACAUGCAUCUGCAGGUGUAUAGGAAAGGAUACGCAUCAAGAGCCAAGAUUCAGUUAGAAAAUGUAAAACAAAACCCUUAAAUGUACAUUACAAUUAAGCGAAAACCAAAACACGGAUUCACACACACACACACACACAAAUAAACGUACACAUACAGCAAUAGCCAUAAUGAAUACAAUGUCACAAUUGAAACACAAAAUCAGAAUAUAUUAAAACAAAAGAAACAAACUUACACACAGUACCGCAUUCAGAAGUAACAAAUUCAGCAUGUUGAUUAGGACACAGAGUACACAGAGCACAGAGCAAAGAAUAAACCGAAUGAACCGCUUGAACUAAUGUCAUGGGGUCGGCAAAUAGAACUAAGAUUGCGUUACAAUAGAUACAACAUACAACUACAGCAGUACAGUGUAGAAAGGCACGAUCAAGAUCACGCAUACAGUAAGGUUUACCUUCGGAAGCGUCACUGGAUGUUGAGUGCGCGGUACAGGUAGGAAUGCAUUCACGCGAGCUUUUUCUGUAACAAACACUACGAAACACUUCGUUCGGAGUUGUGUAUUACCACACUGCUAGCCGAACUUAAACCGAUUAUCCCGAAAGUCUUAGACCGACUGAGGGUAGGCAAAAACUCUUGUAAAUAGGGCGGCCCCAUAGCUCGCUGAAACAAACUCCGUUCACGAUAAGCAAAUCGGUCGAACGCGCUUGAAACUACACUAAACCGAUGUUUAGCAUUAAUCUUGCAUUCAAAGAGAACGCAGGUGUCGAAACGACUCCGUUACACACUUUACACACAAACACUUUAAAAAACAGAAACACACUAAGAGUAAAAAUGGUUUUACAAUCGAGCAAAUGAUGGCGCGAGAUCGACGGCCAACCAGACACAGAUGGAACAAUCUGCUACAAAACAGGAUCAGAAUUAAGUUUUCCGAUGCCGACAAGUGUAACCGAUACUACCAUAGAGGUGGCAGUUUGGUUUUUAUUCUUUCUUCUUUACUAACAGUCCAACAGGGUUAAUGUCCUGUUCCACGAGCUCACCAGCAGGCGACGGCGUUGCGAGUCAACGGAGCACGAAGUAAAGUGAAUGCAAUCGGUGCGAAAGUGUGCGUGCCAUUCCAGGGGAACUUCUCUGCAGUAGUGAUCAGAAGGUGUAGGGGAUGCCGAAUCUUCUCACUAGUAGAUGAACGACUGUCACAAAGUUCGUAGGUAGAUAGAUUACAAAGGGUUCGCCAAGAACGAAAAGAUAUAAGGAUACAAGCUUUUAUACGAACUACAUGGUAAGCAAUUAUUUUUUCUCUAGUUCAGUUCAGGCAUGUGGGAUACUAGGUUACUAAAGCCCAAUUCGGGUUGAAUUAUGGAUGUUUUUUUGACUUAAUUUAAGUUGUACAACACACACACGUACACACCUGCUUGAAAGACAGCAAUUGUAGCAGCAAACACCAGCAAAGCGUUUAGAUUCUAACGAAGGGUUCAACCGUACCUAAUGCUGCUUUAAAGUUGCAUCCGGCCAGGUGGUUCUUCUUCGCAUUACUUAAGCAAGUUAGCAUUUAACUACUCCAUCUACUGAAGCCAAUGGUUACAUUGUAAGGUUUUUUUUUCAAAAUCAUUUCACAUCAGCAGUACAACAGAUGUUUUACGAUUAGAAAUGAAAGUGUUACAUAGCGACGUCGGAUAAGGCUAAGUUUGAUUCUAUUAAGUUUAGCGAUUUUUACUGUUAGUCGUUUUGAUUAGGUUCGAUUAGUUUUUCAGGAUACAAUUUUAUGUUUAGAAGAUACUUUGGAUAAGUCAUCAUAAAACUUAAAGUCUUGUAAGCUAACUUAAGCAGGCAUGAUCUAUUAGGUUAGGUUAGAGAACUAGGCAGGCAGGCAGGCAGGGCAGACAUGUCACCCACAAUUGUUUUGGAGCACUGACAGCUACAUUUAGCACGAUUGCAUCAACUUUUCCAAUGACUCGCCGCUGGCCGCUACCAAUAACAACAGUAACAACAAUAGCAACAGCAGCAAAACACAGUUACAACAAAAUCUAACCAAUCUACCAAUUUGCAAUAGCAAGAGCAAACAGCAGCAUACAACAUCCAACACCAUUUCCACCGACAGGAAAUCCCCCGUUACAACGCAAUUUUAAACAUCAAACAAAACAAUAGCCCAAACAGGUGUUUAAAACUAUUACGUUUCACUCAUUUGAAAACAAACAUCUUUACACCAAACCAACAAAAACCAUAAUCAUGGCAAACCCCCUGCACUCGAAUUGCAGAGACUACGAUCACAUUAGAACAAAAAAACCUCGUUGGCUCGAAUGUUUAGGCAAGACCGAAAAAUCAUGUUGCGCAUGUUGAACAGACCGAUGGGAUGCGUGCCGUAAUAUCUUUACAGCUAAAAUUAUAAAGAAACAAAAAUUAAACAAAGACUGACAAAAUAAAAACAAACAAACAAAACCAUCAAACCACCUUAUAAAGGACGAAAUAAAAAAAACGGGAAUCUUGUACAUGUAUGUACUUAGUGAAACAUUUUCCAAACUCGUAUGGCAAAUGGUUUAAAUAGUAUUAUUCUCACUUAUCCUUUCGUAAAAAAAUCACAAACCGUUGAGCGACCGCUCACAGUUCACUUUUGUUUUUCGAAUCAAAAACAAAUAUUGUUCUGAUGUACUGAAACUUAGACGCAAAAAAGCAGUUGCUAUCGAAAGGGGAAGACGUCACGGUUUGGGUAAAACGGUUUUAAAUGUUUUUCAGUGCAUCAGAACGAGAGGGCUUUCAAAAAUCUAUUGUGCGUAACACGUGUAACAUAAAAACAAACGUAAACAAAACCUGUUUUGGGACCAAAAGCACCUCCAGAAUCAGCAUUCCAAAAGUCCAUAUCCAGUCGAAACUGAAAAUUACAAUCUAAUCAAAUCCGCGUUUGUGGCAAUUUACACGCGCGAUUACUCCACCUAGACGUUCUAUAGCGUUCAAUGGAGCUCUAAGCAGGGCAAACUUUCGUCAGACGAAAUAAAAGAAGAAAUUAUAGCGGGAAUGGAAAGCUGCAAAGAAAUAAAACAAAAUAUCUUGCAAAACGAACUGAAGAAAACCCAGACGGGACGAGGAUCGUCAAAGAUAUUCACGAUAUCGAUGCCUUUUUCAUUUACGGUAGAAGGUACGCUUAAAUCUGUAUAAAAAAAAAA